AUGAAUACGGCAGCCCAUAGUUCCACUGGCUUCUGCCCAGCCUUCUUGAAUUUUGGACGGGAACUACGACUACCCCUUUCCUUCUGUCGCGAUACGUUGGAAGAAGAGGGUCCUAAUGAAAAGAAUACCCCUCAAGGAAGAUCCGAACAUUUUAAGGUAAUUCAGGAAAUGGUACGCCAGAACUUACAUAGGGCCUUCAAGAAACAAGCCUAUUAUUAUAAUCUGAGGCGACGACAUCCCAUGAUGCAGAUAGGACAACAGGUAUUAUACAGACGACAUGACCUGUCCGAUUCAUCUAAAGCAUUUGCAGCCAAACCAGCCCCCAGGAUUGUGGGACCUUAUACUGUCAUCGGGAAGGAAGGGGAAAAUAUAUUCCAACUUAAGUCGGAUAGUGGACGACACGUAAGAGCUCAUGUCAAAGACCUCAAACCCUACCUCUCAUAG